AUGUCAACGACUGCGUUCAUUUUGCCUAGUUUCUCUCUUUCUCUCUUUUUGUCGACAAUCAAACCUCUUCCGGUCACUCCCCUUCGCCGAAAACUAGUACGUAUGCUUCUUGGUCAUUCUAUUCUUCCUAAUUUUGUGAUUGAUCAAGUUUUUUAUUCUAGUUUUGAGUUUUUUUGUCCGGUUGCAUCUUUCACCUCUGAUUUUGGGGUAUUUUUUCGGGUUGCAGCCUUCAUAGCCUUCACCAUCAUUGACCCUUCACCACCAUCUACCUCUACAACUACCUACACCGGUCAUAUUGAGCACUUCACCAAAAGAUUGGGUGAGUUUUAUUCCAAAGAGGAUCAGUUGGAAUCGUUCCCUCCUCACCAGAUAGAUCAACAGAAGGGUGACUCUAAUGGCAACUCUACUUAUGUAAUCAAGGUGCAACUAUUAGCAUUAAAGAAUCUUAUUGGUGCUAACCUGAAUGACAUGUCAGAUUCUUACGCAAUUAACAGUUGUGGUAUAGAAAAGCAAUGUAGGUAA